AUGGAGAUCUUACACACGCUCGACUUUGAGGUUCUUGUCAGUUUGGGAGUGGUCUUGGCUACCUUUGGUCUUGGUGCCGUCUUCAUCGUUUUGUCCAGAAAACGCGCAUCCAGAGCCUGCUUGGAUCCAGAGAAGUUUAAAGAGUUUAAGCUUGUUAAGCGUACGAAGCUGAGCCAUAAUGUGGCGAAGUUCACUUUUAUACUUCCCCGUCCCAAUUCAAUUCUUGGUCUUCCUAUUGGACAACAUAUAAGUUGCAGGGGAAAGGAUAGCCAGGGUGAAGAGGUUAUUAAACCUUACACGCCAACUACUUUGGACUCUGAUGUUGGAUAUUUUGAACUAGUCAUAAAGAUGUAUCCCCAAGGCAGGAUGUCACAUCAUUUUCGAGAAAUGCGUAUCGGGGACCAUCUUGCUGUGAAGGGACCAAAGGGACGUUUUAAGUAUCAACCUGGUCAAGUUAGAGCAUUUGGGAUGCUUGCUGGAGGCUCUGGCAUUACACCUAUGUACCAAGUUGCUCGUGCUAUAUUAGAAAACCCGAAAGACGAGACUAAGGUUCACCUUAUUUACGCCAAUGUUACAUACGAAGAUAUUCUUUUGAAGGAGGAAUUGGAUAUUCUUGCCACUAGAUACCCUGAUCGCUUCAAGAUCUACUAUGUGUUGAACCAGCCUCCUGAAGUUUGGGAUGGUGGUGUUGGCUUUGUGUCCAAGGAAAUGAUUCAAGCGCAUUGCCCUGCACCUGCUCCUGGCAUUCAGAUUCUACGGUGCGGUCCGCCGCCGAUGAACAAGGCCAUGGCUGCCCACCUUGAGGCUCUUGGAUAUACGCCUGAAAUGCAGUUUCAGUUCUAAUCCAUGGUUACCAUCUCAUCAACCUUUCAUGAUUUAAAGUUAGCCAAAGACUGGACUCAGAAUUUAUUUCUUCAAAUUCUAAAUAUACCGAGGGAGCAUCAGUGAAUUGUAAACGAUUUUGUGUAACUUUAAAAGUUUUUUUUUUUUUUCCUUUUUCAAUUGGUUUUUCAUUGCAACUUCAUCACUUUUUGGGUUCUCAUGUCAUUGGAGAAAUUAGAAUUUCCGAAAAGAGGAGGAAAUGGAAAUAAUUGUAUUCGUUGGGAUCUUCUUUUUUC